GUCUUGAAACUGGUAGAUUACGAUUGGGAAGGUUCUUCAUGUGAAGUCUUUGCCCUUCGGAAAUUCGCAGAAUUUCAGAAAGCCAAAGGACAAACACCUACGUUUGUCACCAGUGGCUUUGUGAAGUUCAAAAGACCCCCCUAGAAAGAGUGGUUUCGUUGUCAUGCGCAAAGUCCCUGGAAUGCCGCUGAAGGGUACAAAACAGUGGCAGGAGGAGGGGGGUCAGAGGCAGGAAAUGGUGGACAAAGUCUUCAAAAAUAUCGCGGACUUUGAUUACGAACUCAUCCAGGUAACUGGUUAUGUUCAUGUUGACUUUUCCUCAGGAAAUUUUCUAGUUGAUGCAGAUAUGAACAUCUACCCGAUAGAUUUUGGUGCACCGUCUAUCUACCCUGUAGAACGUAUACCCACUCGCAGUGAAUUCGAUGCUUGGUUUUUGAAGCGAUUCGACUAUAUAUGGCACACACAGGGUGGAAAAUUGCAACUCACCCACUUGAUUUCACCGAAGAAAACUUUGACAUGUGCGAUUAAAGCAUGCAGUUGCUGUGUUCCAGUAACAUAUGGCAAUUCGGGUCGAAAAUAACAAUGGCUGGGUGCGGGGGAGUCAGCUGGUCAAAGAUCUCGGUUAUGGGUCGUCAGACGCACGUAACCUCUUUUGACUACGUAGAAGUCCGGAAUUCUGGCGUGAGCUUCAGGGUAGUAGUCGAUAGUCAUCCGCGGAAAUGCACCAUCCCAGGUAGUACAUAGGUGUUACGUGGAAGCAGGUCAAAUCAAAGACCCCUCGUCGAAAUGGAGGUUCAUUGAGCGGAAGGAAUUUGCGAU